AUGUCCUACCCCAUGGCACCUGCCAACAACAGCUCACCUGUUGCACUCUCUGAGUUCCUCCUCAUCUGCUUUCCCGGCUACCAGAGCUGGCAGCACUGGCUCUCCCUGCCCCUGAGCCUGCUCUUCCUCCUGGCCAUGGCUACCAAUGUUAUCCUACUGCUCACCAUCUGGUUAGAGGCCUCUCUUCAUGAGCCCAUGUACUACCUGCUCAGCCUGCUCUCCCUGUUGGAUAUUGUGCUCUGUCUCACUGUCAUCCCCAAGGUCCUGGCUAUCUUCUGGUUUGAUCUCAGGGCCAUCAGUUUCUCUGCCUGUUUCCUCCAGAUGUUCAUUAUGAACAGUUUUCUUCCCAUGGAAUCCUGUACCUUUAUGGUCAUGGCAUAUGAUCGCUAUGUGGCCAUUUGCCACCCCCUGCGCUAUCCAUCCAUCAUCACUGAUCAGUUUGUGGUCAAAGCUAGUGUAUUCAUCGUGGCCAGAAAUGCUCUUGUUUUUGCACCCAUUCCAAUCCUUUCUUCCAGACUUCAUUACUGUGGAAAAAAUGUAAUUGAGAACUGUAUCUGCGCCAACUUAUCUGUGUCCCAACUCUCCUGUGACAAUUUUACUCUUAACCGACUUUACCAGUUUGUGGCUGGCUGGACCAUAAUUGGUUCUGACCUCAUCCUCAUCUUCAUUUCUUAUACCUUUAUCCUUUGGGCUGUACUGAGGAUCAAAGCUGAGGGGGCUGCAACCAAGGCCCUGAGCACAUGUGGCUCCCACUUUAUUCUCAUCUUCUUCUUCAGUACCAUCUUGUUGGUUGUGGUUCUGACAAAUGUGGCCAGGAAGAGAGUUCCCAUGGACAUCCUGAUCCUUCUCAAUGUCCUUCACCACCUUAUCCCCCCAGCCCUGAAUCCCAUUGUCUAUGGUGUGAGGACCAAGGAGAUCAAACAAGGGAUCCAGAAAUUACUGAAAAGGAUGGUGUGA